GCUCAUUUUGAAGAGAGGGGUCCCGGGGAGCUCCCUCCAAGAUCUAGAGGCUCCGCGGCCACCCCUGCCGGGUCCUGCCAAGACUUGCUAGGAGGAACGAGUCGCGUGCCUUAGUUAGUUGGUUCCCGUCACAGGAAGAAACGCCUUUGCAGUGGGUUUAAUUGCUUCUGGGCCGAGCGAAUUCCCCGCCGUACAACUCAGUGGUGCGGACUUUGCCUCCUGCUACCCUGUUGCUGCGCCGAGCGGGGUGGGAAAGUUUCUGGAGUUGUCAGUCGCGCAGCCCGUGGCCACCUAGACCCGAGGUGCGGGCGCCUGCGAAGGGCCCCCGCGGGGUGGCCGGGGCCGCCGGGGCAUGCAGCGCGGGGGCGCGGCUCGGUGACGCCGCGGGCGGGGACCCGGCAUCCGGGCAGGCUGCGCGCGGGUGCGGGGCGAGGGCGCCGCGGGGACUGGGACGCACGGCCCGCGCGCGGGACACGGCCAUGGAGGACGCGGGAGCAGCUGGCCCGGGGCCGGAGCCGGAGCCCGAGCCCGAGCCGGAGCCCGAGCCCGAGCCCGAGCCCGCGCCGGAGCCGGAACCGGAGCCCAAGCCGGGUGCUGGCACAUCCGAGGCGUUCUCCCGACUCUGGACCGACGUGAUGGGUAUCCUGGACGGUUCACUGGGAAACAUCGAUGACCUGGCGCAGCAGUAUGCAGAUUAUUACAACACCUGUUUCUCCGACGUGUGCGAGAGGAUGGAGGAGCUGCGGAAACGGCGGGUUUCCCAGGACCUGGAAGUGAUGGGGCUAAUUUGGCGUGCUCUGUUCCAAAACCGCAGAAGACAGUCUGGGGAGAGAAAACACCACAUGAGCUUAAUUAGUUCCCAUCAAAGGUGCAAGAAUUUGGUGGAGAAACCCGAUGCUAGUCCCACGUCACUUCAGCUGCGGUCCCAGAUCGAAGAGUCGCUUGGCUUCUGUAGCGCCGUGUCAACCCCAGAAGUGGAAAGAAAGAACCCUCUUCAUAAAUCAAACUCAGAAGACAGCUCUGUAGGAAAAGGAGACUGGAAGAAGAAAAAUAAGUAUUUCUGGCAGAACUUUCGAAAGAACCAGAAAGGAAUAAUGAGACAGACUUCAAAAGGAGAAGACGUUGGUUAUGUUGCCAGUGAAAUAACGAUGAGCGAUGAGGAGCGGAUUCAGCUAAUGAUGAUGGUCAAAGAAAAGAUGAUCACAAUUGAGGAAGCACUUGCUAGGCUCAAGGAAUACGAGGCCCAGCACCGGCAGUCGGCUGCCCUGGACCCUGCUGACUGGCCAGAUGGUUCUUACCCAACGUUUGAUGGCUCAUCAAACUGCAAUUCAAGAGAACAAUCGGAUGAUGAGACUGAGGAGUCGGUGAAGUUUAAGAGGUUACACAAGCUGGUAAACUCCACUCGCAGAGUCAGAAAGAAACUAAUUAGGGUGGAAGAAAUGAAAAAACCCAGCACUGAAGGUGGGGAGGAGCACGUGUUUGAGAAUUCGCCGGUCCUGGAUGAACGGUCCGCCCUCUACUCUGGCGUGCACAAGAAGCCCCUUUUCUUUGAUGGCUCUCCUGAGAAACCUCCCGAAGAUGACUCAGACUCUCUCACCACGUCUCCAUCCUCCAGCAGCCUGGACACCUGGGGGGCUGGCCGGAAGUUAGUCAAAACCUUCAGCAAAGGAGAGAGCCGGGGCCUGAUUAAGCCCCCCAGAAAGAUGGGGACAUUCUUCUCCUACCCAGAAGAAGAAAAGGCCCAGAAAGUGUCCCGCUCCCUCACCGAGGGGGAGAUGAAGAAGGGUCUCGGGUCCCUAAGCCACGGGAGAACCUGCAGUUUUGGAGGAUUUGACUUGACGAAUCGCUCUCUGCACGUUGGCAGUAAUAAUUCUGACCCAAUGGGUAAAGAAGGAGACUUCGUGUACAAAGAAGUCAUCAAAUCACCUACUGCCUCUCGCAUCUCUCUUGGGAAAAAGGUGAAAUCAGUGAAAGAGACGAUGAGAAAGAGAAUGUCUAAAAAAUACAGCAGCUCUGUCUCUGAGCAGGACUCGGGCCUUGAUGGAAUGCCUGGCUCCCCUCCGCCUUCACAGCCCGACCCCGAACACUUGGACAAGCCCAAGCUCAAGGCCGGGGGUUCUGUAGAAAGUCUUCGCAGUUCUCUCAGUGGGCAGAGCUCCAUGAGUGGUCAAACAGUGAGCACCACUGAUUCCUCAACCAGCAACCGGGAAAGCGUCAAGUCAGAAGAUGGGGAUGAUGAAGAGCCGCCUUACCGAGGCCCGUUCUGCGGGCGUGCCAGGGUGCACACCGACUUCACCCCCAGUCCCUAUGACACAGACUCACUCAAGCUCAAGAAAGGAGAUAUCAUCGAUAUAAUCAGCAAGCCACCCAUGGGGACCUGGAUGGGCCUGCUGAACAACAAAGUCGGCACGUUCAAGUUCAUCUACGUGGACGUGCUCAGUGAAGACGAGGAGAAACCCAAACGCCCCACCAGGAGGCGGCGGAAAGGACGACCACCCCAGCCCAAGUCUGUGGAGGAUCUCCUGGAUCGGAUUAACCUAAAAGAGCACAUGCCCACUUUCCUGUUCAAUGGAUAUGAAGAUUUGGACACCUUUAAGCUGCUGGAGGAGGAAGACUUGGAUGAGUUAAAUAUCAGGGACCCGGAACACAGAGCUGUUCUCUUGACAGCAGUGGAGCUGUUACAAGAGUAUGACAGUAACAGCGACCAGUCAGGAUCCCAGGAGAAGCUGCUCGUUGACAGCCAGGGCCUGAGUGGAUGCUCACCCCGAGACUCAGGAUGCUACGAAAGCAGUGAGAACCUGGAAAAUGGCAAGACUCGGAAAGCUAGCCUCCUAUCUGCCAAGUCAUCCACCGAGCCCAGCUUGAAGUCUUUUAGCAGAAACCAGUUGGGCAAUUACCCAACAUUGCCUUUAAUGAAAUCAGGGGAUGCACUGAAGCAGGGACAGGAGGAGGGCAGGCUGGGUGGUGGCCUUGCCCCAGACACGUCCAAGAGCUGUGACCCACCUGGUGUGACUGGUUUGAAUAAAAACCGAAGAAGCCUCCCAGUUUCCAUCUGCCGGAGCUGUGAGACCCUGGAGGGCCCCCAGACUGUGGACACUUGGCCCCGAUCCCAUUCCCUGGAUGACCUUCAAGCGGAGCCUGGUGCUGAGCAAGACGUGCCUACCGAGGUGACAGAACCGCCCCCUCAGAUUGUACCUGAAGUGCCACAGAAGACGACUGCCUCUUCCACGAAGGCCCAGCCCCUGGAGCGAGACUCUGCUGUCGACAAUGCAUUGCUACUGACCCAAAGCAAGAGAUUUUCUGAACCUCAGAAAUUGACAACUAAGAAACUGGAGGGCUCAGUCGCAGCCUCUGGUCGCGGCCUGUCACCCCCUCAGUGUUUGCCCAGAAACUAUGAUGCUCAGCCUCCUGGAGCUAAACACGGUUUAGCAAGGACACCUCUGGAGGGCCACAGAAAAGGACAUGAGUUUGAAGGAACACACCAUCCCCUGGGCACCAAAGAAGGGGUAGAUGCUGAGCAGAGAAUGCAGCCCAAAAUUCCAUCACAGCCUCCACCUGUUCCUGCCAAAAAGAGCAGAGAACGCCUUGCUAACGGACUCCACCCUGUUCCCAUGGGCCCCAGUGGGGCCCUCCCCAGUCCCGAUGCGCCAUGCCUGCCAGUGAAAAGGGGCAGCCCCGCCAGCCCCACCAGCCCUAGCGACUGUCCCCCAGCACUGGCUCCCAGGCCUCUCUCAGGGCAGGCGCCUGGCAGCCCACCAAGCACAAGGCCGCCCCCCUGGCUCUCAGAGCUCCCCGAGAACACAAGCCUCCAGGAGCAUGGUGUGAAGCUGGGCCCGGCUUUGACCAGGAAGGUCUCCUGUGCCCGGGGAGUGGAUCUAGAAACGCUCACUGAAAACAAGCUGCACGCUGAAGGCAUCGAUCUCACGGAGGAGCCGUAUUCCGAUAAGCAUGGCCGCUGUGGGAUUCCUGAAGCCCUGGUGCAGAGAUACGCAGAGGACUUGGAUCAGCCCGAGCGGGACGUCGCCGCCAACAUGGACCAGAUCCGGGUGAAGCAGCUUCGGAAGCAGCACCGCAUGGCGAUUCCAAGUGGUGGACUCACGGAAAUCUGCCGAAAGCCCGUCUCUCCUGGGUGCAUUUCGUCUGUGUCAGAUUGGCUCAUUUCCAUCGGUCUACCCAUGUACGCCAGCACCCUCUCCACCGCGGGCUUCAGCACACUGAGCCAAGUGCCUUCUCUGUCUCACACUUGCCUUCAGGAAGCCGGCAUCACAGAGGAGAGACACAUAAGAAAGCUCCUAUCUGCAGCCAGACUCUUCAAACUGCCGCCAGGCCCUGAGGCCAUGUAGCCAGGCCCGGAAUGGGCCUCUCUGGACAAGAGCCACCCUUUCACUGUGCAGAUGAUGCUGAUGCAAUUCCUCCAUCUCUGGACGUGCAGACCAGAUCCAGAAGAAAGGCCUGGCGUGUGGCCAAACAGCGUGAAACCUUGGCACAGGACUGAGGAUCCUCUCCUCCAGAAAAGCCCCCUCGAGGAAAUAAAUUAGUGCGGUUCUCUUUGACCUCCAAAGACAAGACAAGCACUUAUUUUUAUUUUCAGAAGACAAAAGAACCACGAUGCCAACUGGCUGCGAAUGCUCUAUCUCCAGUCUGUCUCUGUGUACUGGUAGAGGCUGGGAGGAGUAGGGGGCAGCCUGUUCCAUUUCUGAUAGUGCCCUUGCUCUUCUGUCUGUCAUCUUGCAGGAUGCCCAAGGGCCAGAUGGGCUUAGCUAGGCCAAAGUAACAGACUCAAGAGUUAUUGUACAUUACUGACCAUGCUCAUUUGUUCAAAAGUUAGAACAUCUGGCUGCACCAGGAAAAAAAAAAAAAAGUCCUGUUCUUCUUUAGAUAAACAAGAGACAUUUUCAUAAUUGCUUUCUAGCAAUCAGCUUUUAUUUGCCUUAAUAUAAGCUUUUAAGCAGUUAUCUAACUAGUGUCCACAACCCUGUAACCAUAGUUCCACAUCUUCAGCUUAGGCGGACAUCGAACCUCUCUGGGAUGUUUCCAGCAAAAGUGAGCUUUUCUAAUCGUCUCAUUGUAACAUGGCUUAUUUUGUAGAGGUAUUCAUCAGCCACACACUUCAUGUUGGUUUUUGGUUUUUAAGCUAACUAACUACAAAUCUAGUAAAAAGCUAUCUGAAAUUCACAAAUAUCGUGUGUGUGUGUGUGCGUGCGUGCGUGCGUGCGCGUGUGUGUCUGUAUUCAUAGUGACUGCUUUUGGUUUUAACCAGUUUAGUAUCGUUACUGUGUGGAUCGUCGCGCUGCAGUAUUGACUUGGAAUCCUGACCAUGUCCAUCCCAAAAUUCAGUCCUCAGUUAACGGAUCAUGUUUGCAAAAGGUCACUGUGAGGUUGCAUAUUUCAGAAAGAUGUCCUUAAUAAGGGAAGUCAUGUAUAAGAUGUUUUCUAAAAGACUUUUCAGUAGUACAACUAAUACUAUUAUCCUUCUUUUUUUAUUUAGAUAAUUCUUUUAAUUUAAACAACAAAGGUUCAAUAUGGAGCUAGACAAAUCACAUUAGGCUUGUGUUAAGUAAAGUAUUUGCUACUUUAAAUUGUUUUACAACUGAUUUCAGCACAUUCUAUCCUUUUUUUUUUUUUUUUUUUUUUUGAAAUGGAGUUUCGCUCUUGUCACCCAGGCUGGAGUGCAAUGGCACGAUCUUGGCUCACUGCAACCUCAGUCUCCCAGGUUCCAGUGAUUCUCCUGCCUUAGCCUCCCGAGUAGCUGGGAUUAUAGGCACCCACCACCACGCCCAGCUAAUUUUUGUAUUAUUAGUAGAGAUGGAGUUUCACCAUGUUGGCCAGGCUGGUCUCAAACUCCUGACCUCAGGUGGUCCACCCGCCUCGGCCUCCCAAAGUGCUGGGAUUACAGGUGUGAGCCACCGCACCUGGCCUCUAUCCUCUUUUAGUCUAGUGUCUGGUUUUCUAGCAAACAGUAACUUUAAACAAGUAAACUAUUGUGAUUUCCAUUGCUUACAAAAUGAUUUUCCUUUACAUUCUUAUCAUGAACACUAUUUUAAGCAUCAAAUGCAAUCAUCUAAAAUAUAAAGGGCAAUCAUUUAUAAUAGAAACACCUUGACCACAAGCCCUUGAUUGAAAGUUUUAUAAUAUUUCAUCUACUUAUUAAAACAAAUAAUUUCCCUUGGGUUGGAGGGGAAGUGAGUUCAUAAAUUGGAAAGCCAUCUUUAGCAUAUUGCUCAUGUCUGGAUCCAUGUUUCUGAGGAAAAAAAGACAUUCUCAGGUGAUGAUAUAUUUUUUUCAUGCAUUAGUAUGCAUUUUUAAAAAAUAAUGCAUGUUUCUUUAAUAAUUAAUUUUCAUCUUCUAUAAGAUGCCAUGUGAAGAAGUUGUGGAAAUGCAGAAUAAAAAGCUAAAGCUGCCAGAUUUCUAUUGAACUCUUAAAAACAGCUCAUGUUUGUUUGUCCUCUCGGGUUGUGGCCUAGCCUAUUUGCGAUGUAAUGAAGCUGCAGGGUUCUUGCAUAGCUAAAGCGUUCAGUGCAUUUCACGUGCUGUGGUGGAUAUGGGCGCUGUAGACAGGCUUCUUCUCUCCCUGCUCUCAAAAUACCUCGGCUUGACAUUUGGACAGAUCCUGUCAUUGUUGAAGCUGAGCAAAAAUCCACACAAAAGUUGUGUAAGAGAUAACAAAGGAGCGAGAGAAAUCUCAUGUCAAUUUCCAAGUUUUAAUUCGUUCUCCAUGAAGGAUUUUCAUUUCAGUGAAAGUCGCAGCAGAAGAGGGAACUUGCUGGAGUUUUUGAGAAUGCCAAACCACAUUUUUAUCACACUUCUUUGGAAAUCAAUGCCUUUGCAUAGAAAAUCAAAUUCAGGGACCACAAAGAAUUUUCAGUGGGAAUGUCUAGUCUGAGGGGUCUGAGGUUGUUUUUACUUUAUUGUGUUGUUUAAAUAUUUUAAAAAUAUCUUUAGUGUUUGGUCUUCUUUUUUUUUCUUUAAACAUUUAAUUUGGUCUGAGAAAAGCUGAAUGUUUGGGUGUGAUGUUUGACUGAGGCGGAUUGGGGCUGCCUGUGGACAUUAGUGAACAGGUGGUAGGCUUCAGCAAUAUCCAGUUUUAAUCAGUUGCAUUUGGUACAGAAUUUUGAGUAAUGGUGAAAAUUGUUGUCUUUGAAAAGCACAAAAGAAACCUGGAAAGGCAGUUCGGCUCAGGUAGCUACACAUAACAUUGUGUAUGAUUUUCACUUCAAAGCUGUCUGGAAGGAAAUGUAGUCAGCUCCAGCUAGUACUAUUUAUGUACCCAGAUAACUAAGAUAUUGUUUCAUGGCCUUGCCUUAGUCAGAGGCCCUUUUCUCUGUCCUGAACCCCCAGGUAUGGGUGAAAUUGGAAAUUACUAAUCUAUUGGAAAUCAGUUCCUGACAUAGUAAAGUUUGCUUUCAUAACUGCAGCAAAAAAGGUCAACUUGCCAAGUCACUGCUGCCAUGUGUGUACUGUAUUAUUUUCAGAAGAAAAUAUAAUAGUUUGAGUCCAAGUUAUCUUGAUUUAAAAUUGAUAGAGAAAAGAAACUGUCGAGCAAGUUAUAUAACAACUAACAACAUUGCACUUUCUGUAUAUGAAAUCAAUAUUUAAAUAACUUAUUUUUCUCCAUUGCUGUUCUUAAAAACAUUGUAAGUAGCUGUAAUAUACCAGUACCAAUAUGUUCUUGCAAUUGCUUCAGCCCAAGAAAGCUGUGUAUUGUUUUAAAAAUUGUAAAAAUUAUUGUGAUGAUUCAUUUAGCAUAAAAAGAGGUGGACGGAAGGGUUUUUCCUAUGUAUCAAAACUUGUCUAUAAUUAUGUCAUCUAUGUACCUAGAAAAAAGUAAAUAAAUUUCUUCAGUUGAA